AUGGAUACAGCGGCGCAGGCCAUCGUCCCGGCCACCUGCGCGCUGCAGGCUUGGUCGGCCCGCGCCGGCAUCGCCCGCGAGGUGGAGGGGCUCAUGGCGGCCCUCGACGGCGCCAGGCGGACGCUUGACGACGCCGCGUCGGGCGGCGAGCUGCAGAAUAGGUCUCUCCAUGGGUUCCUCCUUAAAGAUUUCCGCCGGGAGGUGUUCCGGGCCGACACGCUGCUGGACGAACUGGACUACCACCGCAUCCGGGAAGAGGAACUGGGCGCCAUCAACGAGUACAACCUUAUGGACCAAUUGAACAACACUAGCAUUAUCGAUCCAUCAUUGUCCUUGGAUCCAUCUAAACUUCAGCUUGUCGACAAGAAGAACCACACUGGUAUUGUUGAUCAAUCAUCAGCCCUGGAUCCAUCUAAACUUCAGCUUGUUGUGUACAGCCCCGACGACACAUAUUCUGUUCCGCCAUGGAUGAAGCUAGAUAAGAAUGAGAUCUUAUAUAGGAUAUCAGACAGUGUCAAUCAGCUCAGUGAGAUGCAACAUGACGCACGCAAGGCGCUCAAACUCGAGGAACUUGACUCCCUUGCUCUCGGAAUGGGCUCUCCGGACACGGACUUCAGGGAGACAACUCCUGCUGUUAUUGAACCCAGAAUUUAUGGGAGGGACAAGGAGCAGAGUCAUAUAAUCAACACACUUGUGUGUAGUGAAACCAAGGAUGAAGGUAUAUCGGUUUUCGCCAUUGUCGGAAACGGUGGUGUUGGCAAGACCACCUUAGCCCGUUUGGUUUAUAAUGAUGCUAUCAUUGCACAACAUUUUGUACUACGGCUGUGGAUCUAUGUAUCUGUUACUUUUGAUGAGGUUAAGCUUACACAUGACUUGCUAGAAUGCCUGUAUGGUGAUAGAUUUGAGGGGAUUAAGGAGCUGAGCAAGCUCCAAAAGUUUGUCGAGGAUGGCGUAAAGUCCAAGAGGUUACUACUUGUUAUGGAUGACAUAUGGGAAGACCAUGACCAGAGUCGAUGGGACACAUUCCUAGCUCCACUUCGUAGCGCUGAAGUCAAGGGAAAUAAGGUUUUGGUAACCACAAGGAAAUUUUCUAUUGCAAAAAUGACGGGCACAAAGGAUGAAAUUAAGCUGGAUGGUCUAACGGAAGAGGAUUUUUGGGCUUUAUUCAAGGAAUGUUCAUUUGGGAACAGGAAAGAGCAACUGAAGCUAGUAUAUAUUGGGCGUCAGAUAGCAGCGAAAUUGAAGGGAUAUCCUUUGGCUGCUAAAACUGUUGGAACACUAUUAAGAAAAAAGCUUGAUGUUGAGCAUUGGAGGAAAAUUCUGGAUAGCACUGAAUGGAAAUUUCAAGAAAGCAACGAAGACAUCAUACCGGCAUUGAGGAUUAGCUACAACCAUCUGCCCUUCCUUCUUCAACCGUGCUUCUCAUAUUGUUCACUGUUCCCUAAGAAUUACCAUUUCAACGCUGAACAACUGGUGAACAUAUGGAUUGCACACGGCCUCGUGCGUCCCAAAGAAAGCAAAAGAAUAGAAGAUGUAGGACGUGAUUACUUCAAUGAGCUCGUGGACUGUGGGUUUAUUCAAUACGAACCAACAGGGCUUUCUUACAUCAUGCAUGAUCUGAUUCACGAUCUAGCACAGAUGGUUUCUUCUGAUGAAUGUUUUACUAUAGAUGCUCUAGGAUCUAGAGAAACACCAAAGUUUGUUCGCCAUGUUAGUGUCGUUACAGAAUCAGCCUAUCGUCCAAAAGGAGAUGGCAGUAUGGCACCUAAUGAAUCUUUCAGACAGGAAUUUGUUGAAGCAAUUGGUGCAUUCCAACCUAAGAACGUGAGCACAAUUAUGUUGAUUGGUAGAUAUGACUCAAACUUUUCUGAAGCAUUUCGAGACAAAUUCGAUGAGUUCAGAGCCAUUCGUGUAUUAAAACUGGAAAUGAUGUUUGAUGAUUUGAGUUCUUUGAUAUGCAACCCUGCAGCAUUUAUUCAUCUUCGUUAUCUGGAGCUGCGUGCUGCUUAUGCAACUUCAAAUUUGCAGUUGCCAGAGUCCAUAUGUAGACUGUACCAUCUAGAGGUCCUUGACAUUAAUAUAAUACAUAAUUUUGGAUCUCAUAUGGAGUUACCAAGAGGGUUCAGCGAUCUUGUAAACCUGCGCCACUUUCUUGCCUUUGAGAAUUUACAUGAGAAAAUUGCUGGUGUUGGGAAACUGAAAUUUCUUCAGGAGCUCAAGGCUUUCAAAGUAAGUAAGAACAAAGAAUUUAGCAUUGAUCAAUUAAGCACUCUAUCGGAGCUCAGAGGAUCACUGAAAAUAUAUGACCUUGGAAAUGUUGAGAGCAAAAUGGAGGCUAUGAUGGCUAGACUUGAGGACAAGGUAUACUUGACAGACUUACAUUUGUCAUGGGAUAAAAUGCAAGGAAAUGCUGCUUCUCACACAGUAGUACUUGAAGGAUUUAAACCACCCACAAGCCUUAGAUGUCUCAGAGUUGACGGACAUAGAGGUGCUACUCCCAAAUGGUUAACCACAGAUUUUACACUUACAUCGUUGCAAUCUCUUCAUUUGGAGCAUUGCCUGGACUGGGAAGACAUUCCACCUAUUGCAAAGAUGCCAUUCCUUAGAGAGUUGCACUUGGUUCGCAUGUUUAAAAUCAAAAAAUUGGUGAUUGGUACCCUGGAGGUGUUGGAGCUACGUGAGCUGCCUCGACUGACAGAUUGCACUAUCUUAGAUGAAGAUUACUCAUCCAAAAGUAUACGAGUUCUUGAAAUUAUGGCAUGUUUUCACUUGAAGAAACUACCAUUUUUGCAGAACUCCGGUGGCCUGGAGAAUGAGCAACGACUAUCAAAUCUCCACCGAGUUCAUAUACAUGAUUGGCUAGGAUCUGGAGACUUACCAGCACUCCCUGUCAGCAGAAUAUUAACUGAUUUGGACAUUUCAAAUCCUGGCUCAGUUCGACCCAUGUCGUUCCGUCUCAAGCCCGCAGUUGGAUCAGAUGGGCUCACCCUAACAAUUGGUGGCCAUACCAACCUAAGCAGUUUGGAUGAGAAAGUGUUGGCAUUCAAUAAUCUUACUGCUUUAGUGGAAAUAGAGAUUACAAGCUCACCUGAUCUAUCUUAUCUUGCAUGGAAUAGCUUACAACAGCUGAUAUCCCUAAGAAGGUUCACAUUGUCUUCUUGCCCCAAGGUAUUCUCUUCAUUCAAAACCGGAUACAUGCUCCCACCUUCACUUGAAGAUCUCAACUUGUCAAGGUGCGACAUUACCGGGAAUCAACUAUCCAGGGUGCUAGCUAAUCUUCCCAAUCUGUCAUCCUUGAAGAUAGCAUACUGUCAUAAGAUAACAUCGCUGGCGGUAGGCUUAUCAUCGAAUGGCCUAGAUUCAAUGCUAGAAGGAAUAUGUUGUAUCCCAGUCCAGUGUUUGACGAGCAUACGACAGUUGCACAUCUCUUCUGACAUGGCUUUUUUGAGCAGGAAGGGCCUAGCAGAAUUCAGUUCCCUUGAAAAACUGGUUAUAAAAGGUUGUGCCGAGCUUCUUAAAUCCAUGGUUCUCCAAGCAGGAUUAGAGUCAGACAACUGUAUAAUUCUUCCCUCUUCAUUGGUAAAUUUAAUGAUCGAUAAUUUGCCCGACAUGCUAUUGCAGCACUCAAGCCUCACCUCCCUUGUUCAGCUAGACUUGGAGCACAGUCCUAGUUUAACAUCGGUUUACCUGCAUUCAUGUACAGAGUUACGAACAUUGGUAAUCAAAGAAUGCCAUUUGCUAUCUUUAUGUGAAGGUUUUCAGGCCCUUGCUCGACUCAACACAUUGAUUUUAAAGUAUUGCCCAAGCAUGAUGUAUUUGGGACUGCAGUCUUGCGUGGCACUGCGACACCUGCAUGUGGAAGGUUGCGACGCGUUAGCGACACUUGAGAGUUUAGUGUGCCUUCCACUACUCAUUGAAUUGCAUCUGAUCAAGAAUCAAAAAUUGGUUUCUCUCAAGUUGCAUCCUCAUGCUGCACUGGAGAGCUUGGACAUUAGAGAAUGCUCUAUAUUGUCUUCAUGGGAACAGUUGAAGUCCCUUCGAAACCUUAAACGUCUGGAAAUCCUAGAUGCUCCUAACUUCGUGUCAGCAUGGAACCGUAUGGCUCAAGAGGCUGAAAUUGCCGACCAACAGGUGUGCUUACCACUUGAGAUACUUCAUAUCGAUGAACCAAGUUUUCUCACAGUAGCCGUGUGUAGGCUCCUGGCCUCUCUUAAGGAGCUCCGCAUUGGCCUUCCUCGGGAUUCUCACGAUGUGGGCUCCAAGAUUACGAGAUUCACUGAUGGGCAGCAGGAAGCGCUACAACUUCUGCACUCACUCCAUCGUCUUGAGCUGUCGUCCUUGAUGAAUCUUCAGAUGCUGCCCUCAAAGUUGCAUCUGCUUCCGUCGUUACAGUAUUUGAUCAUAAACAAAUGUGAGAGCCUCAUGUCGCUACCGGAAAAAGGUCUUCCAUCUUCGCUCAAGCUUCUCGAUGCCGAUAAGUGUAGCUCUGAAUUGUAUGAACAAUGCAAGCAAGAGGAUUUCAGUUGGUGA